CACUCCCUUCCUUCCUUCUUUUCCUCUCCGUUCCCUCAGCCCAUCCGGUCCAACGCGCACCGCCCGUCAACUUUCCCCAAGGGCCCUUCUCUUCUUUACUGUUCCCCUCUUCUUGCCGGUCGGUUUUCCCCCUUCGGAUCCAAGCGCGGCCUCUUUGUCAACCUCUCAAAGGUCCACUGCGUCACCCGACACCCAUCACCUCGUCAUCGCCUCUUUGCCGUCGCAUGGUUAGGUGCAUUCCAAAACUGAGACCCUGACACCUCUCUAACAAAUCGGCCGCCGCCUCCUGAUCGCUUUAUCCCAGAAACACCAUUGACUUGGUUGGGCACGUGCGCUUUGAUUGAGAAACAAGUCAUCCUUCGGGGAACAGCAAGAGGUGCAAGAAAAACAACAGUAAACACCACACACAACCUGCUAUCGCGACCACCUGUGGCUUUGACUAGUCAUGGCGAAUCCGUUGCAGUUUGCCUACCGAACCCAGAAGGCCAUCGGCGUCUUCGACGCCGACCCUGUCUACGAGGCGCUUCCUGGGUUCGUCAAACCCGAAGGGAACCUCCGGUGCUGUGUCUACUCGCCCUGCGGCCGCUAUUUCGCAUACGCCUCUAAUGAGGGUGUCGUCGUCGUCGAUGCCUCGGUCGGCCAUGUACUGACAUCGCUGUCCAUCCCGGCUGUCUAUGAGCUUGGCUUCUCCCCGCGCGGUAACUACCUGAGCACCUGGGAGCGCCCUGCCAAGGACGAGAACGGCGACGCCACCAAGAACCUUAAGAUUUGGCGCACCGUCGAGGACCCUGCCGAGGGCGCUGAAAAGCAACCGAUCGGCAAGUUCGUCCAGAAGUCGCAGUCCGGCUGGAACCUGCAGUACACGGCCGACGAGAAGUACUGCGCUCGCAUCGUCACCAACGAGGUGCAAUUUUACAACAGCGACGACCUGUCGACUGUCUGGAACAAGCUGCGCGUCGAGGGCGUGAGCGACUUCGCCAUCACUUCGGGCCAGAACCAGAACGUCGCAGUCUUUGUCCCAGAACGCAAAGGACAACCUGCUGCAGUCAAGGUUUACAAUGUCCCGUCGUUCAAUAGCCCGAUUUCGCAGAAGACCUUCUUCAAGGGCGACAAGGUGCAGCUAAAGUGGAACGGGCUGGGCACGACUCUGAUUGUGCUGGCACAAACAGACGUCGACAAGUCCAACAAGAGCUACUAUGGCGAGACGACCAUGUAUCUGCUCAGCGCCAAUGGAUCGUUCGACGCUCGCAUCACGCUGGACAAGGAUGGACCGAUUCAUGACGUUGCCUGGUCGCCUAACUCGACCGAGUUUGGCGUCGUCUACGGCUAUAUGCCCGCGAAGACGACCAUCUUUAACCACCGCGGCGUAGCCAUCCACUCGUUCCCGAUCGCUCCUCGCAACACUAUCAUCUUCUCCCCGACUGGCCGUUUCGCCCUGGUUGCCGGCUUCGGCAAUCUGGCUGGUCAGAUCGACGUUUACGACCUGGAGAAGGACUACCGCAAGAUCUGCACUAUUGAGAGCGGCAACCCUAGUGUUUGCACCUGGAGCCCGGACAGCCGCUACAUUAUGACGGCCACGACGUCGCCGCGUCUGCGCGUGGACAACGGCAUCAAGCUCUGGCACGUGGGGGGCGGCAUCAUGUACAACGAGGAAAUGGUUGAGCUGUACAACGUCAUGUGGCGCCCGAUCCCGGCGGGCAGCCUUCCCGCCGGCCAGGAUCCGCUGCACCCGGUCCCGACCCCGCAUCCCUCGGCGCUGGCGUAUCUCGGCACGGUCAAGACCCCGUCCAAGCCCGUGGGGGCCUACCGCCCUCCCGGUGCCCGUGGCACCUCAACACCGCUGCACUUCAAGCGCGAGGACGAGGGCGGCGCAGCGCACACUGUGAGCAACGGCACUCCCUCGAUUGGCCCCAACGGAUUCGGCCGUCCGCGCCACAUGGUUCCCGGCGCGGAACCGGUCGUGCGUACCGUCCCGGGAGCGGAGCCUGUCGGCGAGGGCAACGCGGGCAAAUCGAAGAACAAGAAGAAGCGGAACAAGAAGGCCAAGGAGGGCGAUGCCGCCGCUGCCGGAGGAGGACCGGGAGGAGGAGGAGCUCCCAUCGAAGGCGGUCUUGCACCUUCUCCGCGUGACCACGGAAGUGGCUCGGGCACCGAGGGCCGCAGCCCUGACCGGCGCGGCCAGCAUCACGCCCGCAGCCGCUCGCGGCACAACAACAACAACAACAAUGCCAACAACAACACGCUGCAACCUGGUCCGCGCAACCGCAGCAACACGCACCGCACCCGCUCGCGCAGUAGGACCCCAGGCCGCGCGGUGCAACAUCAGAGCGGCGGCGCGCCUGUCGCUCCUGCAGCUGGUACCGGUGGUGCCGGUGACGACGGAGCAACAGCGGCCCAGAAUCCCAGCGCCAAGAAGAUCCGCGCCUUGCAGAAGAAAAUCAGGGCGAUCGAGGACCUUGAGAUGAGGCGCGCGGGCGGGGAGAAGCUCGAGGAUACACAGGUUAAGAAGAUUGCGACUAAGGAGUCGGUUCUGGCCGAGUUGGCUGCUUUGGAGAGGGGUGCUUGAAUUCACCCAGUACCAAAACAGGCCUUUGGACCCGGGGAUCCUGGGACUCUGGGAUGUGUGCGUGGUUGACGGGAGAGUGAUGGGUUGGAGGUACGAGGGCAAAGGGGAAAGAAGGGAUGCAGGGUGUGAAAGCCUUGUCUUUGGGUUUUCUCCUCCUUUAUUACCCCCAAAUACCCGGGCAGAGGGACUCGCUGAGGGAGGGUCGGUCCUGGAUUAGUGGACAGGAGUGGGUUGGUGCCGGGGUUGUUCAUCAACCCACCGAGGGCUGAAAAGGCUUGUGAGAGGGAGGAGUAGGACGUUAGGGGUUGGAAGCUGGUAGAAGCAGUACGGUAGCGGUUUCGUAGCGAAUUGAUAAGACUGCUGGAGUAGCACGGAUAACAUGUUUUGAAGACUUAAAGGACUGCAUGGGUCUGGACUGGCGCUUGUGGCGCGUUCCAAAUGUGGUUAGUGCUAGAUACCUAUUCAUUAGACUCUCGCUCCUCAUGGGUAGCAUUGAU